UCCGAGUACACGAUGCAGGAUGCCAUCAACAAGCGGCGAACGUUGAAAAUCACCAUAGCGGCCCUGGUGUGCUCUUCUCUGAGCACGGCAACCUUGCUAGUCGCCUUGUAUUGGUUUUGUCGCAUGGAAAAACAGUUUCGCCAUCGGCUUGUUGUCAUUCUCAUCUACGGGGACUUGGUGCGGGCGUCGUGCUAUUUCGUCGCUGCCAUCGCAACGCUGGUCAACGCGCAUGUGGAUAAUGACUCGGCUUUCUGUCAGGCGAGUGGCUUCUUCAUCCUGUACGGAACUGAGACUAGUGACUUUGCCGUCCUGGUCAUUGCAAUCCAUACCGCACUGCAGGUUUUCCGGCCCUCGGGCCAACAGCACUCGGACGGUCUGUAUCGUUAUCGGCGGUAUGUGUAUGCAGGCACGCUCUUUUUCCCGGCUACCAUGGCGGGAAUGGCCUUUGUCAAUCCGCGAGGAGGCUAUCUCUUACAAGGAGCCUUCUGCACGCUUCCCAUCCGGCCCUUCUGGUACCGGCUUGCGUUGGCGUGGAUCCCCAGGUACAUGGUUGUGCUCAUGAUUAUUAGCCUGGCCAUUGCCAUCUACAUGUAUGUUGGCUGGGAGUUUCAAAGCUACAAUGCCAUGAGCAAAAAUUACGGGUUAAACACCACCAGCGACAUCUCGGUCAACCAGGAGUCGCAGCCCACAUCCACUUCGCUCAUUGGCAGGCAUUACGCCACGGGGAAAGAUGUUGCACUGCCCACCGGGAGUGCGGUGCCGCAGGAACAGUUGGCUCAUCACGCGUGGCAUGCGUCGUCCCCUUCUCAGGACGCCAAUUGCAAUGAGUCUUGUGGUACAUCCAGUUCAACAUGCCUCCGCGCAACCUCCACCAGCCCCACGGCUCAGUCUCUCCCGACAGGAACACGGCGUCUCUUCCACGCCCAACCGAGCGGAACGGCACAGCCAUCGCUCUUCUCGACACCAAGCACGCCCACAGUCCGAUGUCUGGACUCGACUGACAACGUACACAUCCCGCCCUCGCGACAAGCAACGUGCGACGUAACCGACACAAUGAGCACCACGACCAUGACCGGUCCUUCACUCCCUCCCCUCUCCUCACCUUGCACCACCACGCACACGCAAAGACCAGACGCACACUCGACACGCAUGAUGCAGCAGCGCGCCCGCAUCCACCGCCAACUGCGCCUCAUGUUCAUCUACCCGCUCGUCUACACGCUCAUGUGGCUCAUCCCCUUUAUCAAUCACUGCACCAUGUACAGCGACCAUCUCGCCACGCACCCGCUGUGGGGCCUGCGUCUCGGAAACACGGUUUGCAUGGCUAGCAUGGGCCUCGCCGAUUGCAUUGUCUUUUCCCUGCGCGAGAGGCCCUGGCGCGCCAUUGCAUCGAGCGAUGGCACGCUGUGGGGCAGUUUCUGGGUGUGG